AUGGGCGCUUUCUACGAGAAAGAACGCAUGAUCGCAGAGCUGGCGGUGCAAAGAGCGUCUGUCCUCACCAAACGCAUCCUCGCCGACAUCGACAAAGGCGCCUUGGACAAGAGCGACCGCACUCCCGUCACCGUCGGCGACUUUGGCGCUCAAGCACUCAUGAUCGGCGCCAUACACCACAACUUCCCAGAGGAUUCUUUUAUCGGCGAAGAAACGGCAACUGCACUACGCGAGAAUGAACAACUACGGAGCCGUGUGUGGGAUCUGGUGUCUACCACACACUUGCAAGAUAAAGAGGCGGAUGAGUUGUUAGGAACUAUUGGUUCGGCAGAGGAAAUGAUGGACACUAUUGAUCUGGGCAAUCAUCCUGGAGGCCGUAAAGGCCGCAUCUGGAUUCUUGAUCCUAUCGAUGGCACAGCGACCUUCAUGCGCAAUCAACAAUAUGCUGUCUGCUUGGCCUUGAUCGUCGAUGGUGAACAACAGGUAGGCGUCAUUGGUUGCCCAAACUUAGACCUCAGCACCGGCAAAAUCUCCGAGGAAAAUGCAGACAAUGCUGGCAAUGGCCAAAUGCUCUCUGCAAUCAAGGGCCGAGGCGCGAGUAUCAGGCCCUUGGGUCAUGCAGGCCUCCAACCCUCCACGCCAAUCCCCAGACGCGAAGACAUCUCCACCGACCCCAAAUCUCUAGACUUCGUCGAGUCCGGAAACAGCAAAUCCGUCGAUCUAGACUUUCACCGCAAAGUCGCGGAAAAACUCGGCGCACCAUGGCCAGGCACCGACAUGUGGUCAUCCCAAAUGCGCUAUAUCGCCAUGGCAGUAGGAGGUGGUGAUAUUAUGCUCCGUUUCUACAGCAAAAAAGGUCACAAAUCCUACGUCUGGGAUCAUGCAGGCGGAUUCCUGAUAUUCGAGGAGGCGGGAGGCAAAGUCACGGAUUUGGAUGGUAAGGCUAUUGAUUUUGGGGCUGGAAGGAGGUUUGAGAAUAAUAGUGAGAUGGUUGCUGCUCCCGAGAAGGCGCAACCAGGCAUCCUGAGGUUGGUCAAUGAGAUGAUUGGGGCUUAA